AAAUAAAUAAAUAAAUAAAUAGGAACCAGAUUUCCUGGGUUGGACUCUGAACUCUGUUUUUUACCAUAAAUGUGAUCUAAGGUAAGUUUUUAAGCUAUCUGUACCUCUCUUUCUUGGAAGCAAGGAUGAUAUUAGUUACCUAUGUCCUAGGGUUAAUAUGAGGAUUAAACUAGUGAACACGUAUAAAGUACUUAGACUAAUAUCUGAUAGGUAGUUAAGUGCUAUAACAAAAGAACAUUACUUGUUCUUUUUUGACUAUUGCAUUGCCCUCCACAGUAUGUAUGGACUAUAAUAUAUGUAAUCAUUCCUGUGUGAAUAGAAAUUUUGUUGGUCGCAAGGUUUUGGUAUUAUAGACAAUGCUACAAAGAACAUUCCUGUUGUGCCUCCUUGUGCACAUGUUUGUCCACAUAUUGGUUCAAGGAGUAGAACUGCUGUGUUAAAGGACAUUUGUGUGUAAAAGUUCUAAUUUUUAUCUAUUGCAAUGGAUAUCCACAGUACAAAUGUCAAAAUGUGCAAAAGGUCAUAUAGUAAAAGUCUUUCUUCCCACUCCAUGUGAUAUCAGAGAUGAUGAUUAUAAGGCUUUUAAGUUUCCUUUAUACUAAUUUAUACUUCUGAUGCUAGCCAGGACCUAGAAUCUGAAUGGUAAAUUUAUUCUCUGGCUGACACCAUCAUCAUCAUCAUCAUCGUCGUCGUCAUUGUCACCUUUAUAAAUUUAUUAGGAACCUUAUAAAUGAUAUUAGAUACUUCAUUUUACCUAGCCUUCCCUAUUCCAUUUUCCUGCUUUAUAUUACUUAAUUUUGUCUUAUUCUUUUUCUAAGAUUCUAAGUGCUUCUUAUUUUUACACAAGUCCCUUAGUAAAGAGCACAUAGAUUUUUAAAACAAAAGAUCUAGAAUAAAAACACUGUUUUGCCACUUAUUUGCAUUAUGUAGCCUUUGCUAAGUUAAAUUCUCUGAGCCUAUAAAAUGGGAACAAUAAUGUCUACCUAUGAGAUUAAUAUUGAGUUACAUAUAUAAAUAUAAAUAUAUGUGCCACUCCCUACAUGUCAGGUACUUUACAUGCACUAUCUCUAACUCUUGAAGUAGUCACAAGCAAGAUUAAUAGGAAGGCAAAUGCAGCAGACUAUGAGAAAAUCAAGGAGAUAGUAGGAGAUGGACGCGGUGUAGAAAAUCACCAAACUAAGACCUGAACUUUGAGUUGGAAGAAGUUGAGAGUGGUGGCAGGAAGCGUUUAGGCAGAGCCAAAAAAACAUGUGUAGAGGUCCUGAGGUUAGAGAAAACUUAGUUACUCAAGGAAUUGAAAGAAAUAGAGAAAUUUAGGACCAUGGAAAAUAAGGGAGAGAGUGAUAGCAGAUGGGGCCAAAAAUAAUUAUUUUGAAUUCCCAUCUUUCCUUUCUGGUUUUGGAGAGUGUUUUGUGUAGACGUGAUUGUUGGAGCUGUUCUCGCCAUCUUUCUGCCCUGAGAAAGACACUGGGAUGGCAAGAGGCUGGACACUUGAAGACAUCACUGAACUACUGAGCCAACUCUGGAAGUGCUCACCUCUGGACUAAUUUAUCUUAUUAGAUAAUAAAUAUCCUUAUUGAUUAAGGCAAUUUUAGUUGAAUAUCCCGACCACUGAAGGCAUCUUAACUGAUUAUAUUUAAUGAAAGAGGAAGAUCACACAGGGCUUUGUAGAUCAUAUUAAAGAUCUGGAAUUUAAUUCUAAGGGUUAUGGAGAGCCAUUAAGUGCUUUUAAGCAUGUGGUAAAUUUUGCUUUUCAAGAGAUCACUUUAGUUGCAAUGUGGAUAAUAGAUUGAACAGUGGUAAUAGUGGAGGCAAGUGUAGGAGAUACAAACUAUUGCAACAGGUAACACCAGAGAAUGCAAUGAUUUAAAACAUGUGGUUGCCAUGGGAAUAGAGAAAAAUGAACCUGUUCAAGAGAUACUGAGAGAUACAUUGGAGGCAGAAUUGUGAAUUGGGAUUGUGAUUGAUUCGAUGUGAAUGAGGAAGAGGAAGAAAUCAAGAUGGCUCCCAGGCAUCUGGAUUGAGCAACCAGCUAGAUUGUAGUGCCAUUUACUAAGACAGGGAUAAACAACUGGAAGUAGAACAGGUGGGAGAUUACUAUAAUGAGUUCAUUAUUGGACAUGUUGAGCUGAAGGUGCCUGAAGCCACGAGGUGGUUACGUCAAGUAAGCAGUUGGACAUCUGAGUGGCUCAGAAUAGAGAUAAAGACUUACGAGUCUUUGGAACCCAGAUGGUAGCAGAAUCUGUGUGAUCUUUGAGAUUCUUAGGGAGAGGGUGAGGAAUGAGAAGAGGCCAUACAACAGAAUCCUAGGGCCUCCAGCACUUAGUUUUUCCAUGGAAAAGAAGAAGCCAGUGAAGGAGACUAAGAACAGUCAGAAACAAAGAGGGAAAGUCAAAGAGUUUCUACAAAGAAGGCAUGCUCGAGAAAGAAGGCGUGCUCAACACCUACAAAUGCAGUUGAGAAGUCAAGGAAGAAAAAGACUGAAAAGAUUCUGUUGGAUUUAGCCACAUGAAGGCCACAGGUGACUGGUGAAGAAGCAACUUUUAGACAGAUGGAAGUGGAGUGGUUCAGUUCAGAACCCAGUUUGGACUGGAUAAAGAGAGGAAAAUUCAGAAAUGGAGACACAGAUGGUAAAGAAGCAGGUCAAGAAAUUUGGCUUUAAGAGGACAUAGGGCAGGAGCUGAGGGACAAGUGGAAUCAAGGGAGGGUUUUGUUUUUCUUUUAAAGAUAAGGAUGGCUAUCUUUCCUUUACCUCUAUAUCCAAUUCAUUAGCAAGCCGCUUUAGGUCUUUCUCUUAAAUGUAUCCCAAGUCUGUCCAUCUCUCACCUUCAACCCAGAUAACUCAUUGGUUUCAGCCACCAUCAUCCUCACCUGGAUUAAUUCAGUAGUCUCCAACUGGUUUCUCUGCUUCCGUUUUUAUUUUGUUCUUGUCUUUUUGAAAUCAUAAGGCAGUCAUGGUAAAUGAAAUCACGGUUUUGAAAUAUAAUCCAAACUCUUGGUCUUGGCUUAUGAGAUUGAGUAUGUAUGAUCAGACUCUUCUCCUAUCUUACAUCCCAUCUACCCCACUGUCCCCCUGUGUUCUGGCUCCACGGGCUUCUUUCUGCUCUCUGUUGCUUUCUCACUCACUGGUCUCAGUGCUUAGCAAGCUUCUUCCUACAUCUUUGAAUGGCUGACCCCCUUUCAUUAUUCAUGAUUGCUCAAAUGACUUUUUUGCCUCAUCCAAAUAGUCUUCUCUGACCUUCUUAUCCUCCCCAUCCCCAUCCUCAGUCCUGUUUUACCCUAUUCAUGGCUCUUAUCAUGUGAAAUGAUCUUGUUCAUUUAUUUGUUGAUUAUAUCUUCUCAUUAAAAUUAAAGUCUGGGGGAAACUGGGUAAGGUUUAUAGGAUUAAUAUGUAUUAGAUGUAUUACUGCAUCAUAUAUGUGUGUAUUAUAUAUUACUAUGUGUUAUGUAUAAAUGAUAAGCAUGUGAAUCUGAUUAUCUCAAAAUAAAUGUUUUCGGUUUUGUUUUUUUUAAGUAAGUUCUGUGAAAACUUGCAUUUUGUCUCCUUGUCGGGAACUGUGUCACCAUCACCAGAACGAAGUCUGGCUACAGUGGGCACUAAAGAAGUCUUAUUAAAUGUGUGACUUAAUAAAUGAUAUAUUUGGUCAUGUCUAAAAGAGGAUGGGGCGAAGAGUACCAACAAUAGCAGGUACCCGGGUACCUGGAAACCAGGAAACCCGGGUCGUAGAAUUUAGCACUAGAAUCCUUGUCUUACAGUUGAAAUUCGAAUCCGGGUUUCCAGAACCCUUUCACCGCCCCAUACUACCUCUCCAUUAGUGGAGUAUUGAUUAGAUGACUGAAGUCCUGGCGACACUCGAUCAAAUUUCGUCUUUGUAGCCUAUGGUGAUUCCCACAGUGCAGGGCAGAUAGGACCAGCACCUUACGUGUGGGGUCUGGUUCCCAUAAAGCAUGACCAGGCCCGCACUCUCUGUAACUUGCAAGACUGGGUAAGGAGGCUGUGUGCAAUAGCCUGGAAGGCUCACUGAAGCGCAGGUCCUCAGCUCUGCAGUUGAGGUUUCAGGUUUCAGUUCUCCCAGGAGCACGAGAUGUCGCAGCGUGCACGGUGCGGCUGCCGCCUCCGCCUCCCCGUCUCCGCUAAGGCUGCGCUCGAAAGCCAGUUCCAGGCGCGGCCGCGCACACUCUUCUGCCCCACACGAAGGUUGGGCGCCGUGGCUGAGGCUGCUGCUAAGCUGCCGUAGCUGGGCGCGCUGGGAGGCGGCGAGCACAGCUGGGCCGGGACUUCCUUCCUCUACCGCAGGACAACAAAACAACCCGGCAGCAGGCACUGAACUCUUGGCAGCUGUCUGGGCGAGAGACGCAGCCAUGGGCUCCGUGCUUAGCAGCGAUAGCGGCAAAUCCGCCGCCGCCUCGGCCGCCCCGCGGGCCCUGGAGCGCAGGGGGGACCCGGAGCUGCCCGUCACGUCCUUCGACUGCUCCGUGUGCCUCGAGGUGUUGCACCAGCCCGUCCGGACCCGCUGUGGCCACGUAUUCUGCCGUUCCUGUAUCGCUACCAGUCUAAAGAACAAUAAAUGGACCUGCCCUUAUUGCCGGGCAUAUCUUCCUUCAGAAGGAGUUCCAGCAACUGAUGUAGCCAGAAGAAUGAAAUCAGAGUACCAGAACUGCGCUGAGUGUGACAGCCUGGUUUGCCUCAGCGAAAUGAGGGCACACAUAAGAUCUUGCCAGAAGUAUAUAGAUAAGUACGGACCACUGCAAGAACUUGGGGAGACGGCAACAAGGUGUGUGUGUCCAUUUUGUCAGAGGGAACUGGAUGAAGACAGCUUGCUGGAUCACUGUAUCACUCAUCACAGAUCAGAAAGGAGAUCUGUGUUCUGUCCACUCUGCCGAUUACUACCUAAUGAAAAUCCAGGCAGCUUCAGUGGCAGUUUAAUAAGACAUUUGCAAGUCAAUCACACUUUGUUUUAUGAUGAUUUCAUAGAUUUUAAUAUAAUUGAGGAAGCUCUUAUCCGAAGGGUUUUAGACCGGUCACUUCUGGAAUAUGUGAAUCAUUCAAACACCACAUAAUUUUAUUCAAAGGAAAGGAGAGGAGACCAUUCAAUUGCACCAUUUGUUAAGAUGCUGCUCGAACAAUUGGAGGGAAAUUGUCAAUGUUCGAUGGGCAAAAAUGUACAACACAGUUAUAUGUUUGUCUAUGUUUAUUGUUAUAUUGCAUUUUAAAACUGCUUUCAUUGGGAUGGUUUAAAUCUGUUUUACAUUCUUGACUUUCUUAGACACUUAACAAAAAAUAGUCUCCAUCAGCCACCAAGGUAUAGAAGAGAACAUGAGGCAGGAUAUGUGGGUGAACGAUCUUUAUUUGCAAAUUGGAUGAUACUAUGUGUAAUGCUAUAGAUUAAUAACUAUCAUCAUAGUUGGGCAAGAUAACUUAUAUUUGUUCUAUGUAAAAAGAUGGAGAAUGAAACCAAGUAUGGACAUUCAAGGAAACCUGAAAUCUGCUCUAGUGCUUAUCUAAUCUCUAACAGAAUAAUAUGGGUAGCCUUGUAUCAAAGUAGGAAAGGAAAAUCUUGGAAGUCAACAAAGUCCGCUUAACCAAAUUAUAAAACAUAAUACUGUAAACAAAGUAAAUGUGUUAACAAUGUAUACUUAAUCCUUUGACUUUUUAUAACUCUGCACAAUAAGAAUUUAGUAUUAUAUUUUUCAAAUAUUUGUAGCUUAUUAUUUAGAAAUAUUUCUAUAAUAUAGGUAAUUUCUUAAGGACCUUUAGCUGAUAUUUAUAGAAGUGUUCAUAUUCAUAAUUUUUAGUGGAAAAUCCUAAGGGCUUUGAUUUUUUUUUUUUUACUUUUAUCUUUUAGAAAAAAUAAAAUAAAAUAUAAAUACUGAAAACCAAACAGAAAAUGUAAGAAACAGUUUUAGAACUCUGCCAGCCACUCUGGAUGUCCUCUGUGUAUCCACUCACAGUUAUUAGCUGUCUUUCACAGGAGUAACCACUACAGUGAUAUCAAUACCUAAGUGUGUAUUUUUAAUCUGUAGGUUUUUUCUUUUCCUUAAAAUGUAUUAUUAGUUAAGAACUUGGUCUGGAUAGAGUUAUCCACAGCCUGUAUUUUGCUGUUUGCAUACUCAUGGUGCAAUUCAGCAUGUUCCUCUUUCCUCUGAAUAUUGACACAUGGAUCCAAAUAUAAUAGACUCAGGUUUAAUCCUUUUUGGCAAGAUUAUAGGUCAUGGUGUGUUCUUUCAUCAGAGGGCACACAAUGUCUGGUUCUCUCUUUUCGUGAUGUCAGCUGAAAUUGAUACUCAAUGCCUUGAUCCAUUGAUUUAUCGUGAGUUGGAGGAUAUUCUAACCCUAUCAUUUCUCUUUCAUUUAUUAGUUGGAACAUUUUUAUAAAGAGAUGUUUCCCCACAUCUACUAUUUGGUUGACCAAUGGUCAGAUUUGUAUAGGAAAGGGAAGUAAAUGUUUGUAUUUUCCCUUUAUUCACUAAUUUUCAAGAUAAUAAACUUGUUUCCUAUUUCUUCCAGAGAUCACUUCUUCUUUUUUUUUUUUUUUUCAGUGUUAUGAACUCAUGAAUUCAAACAUGUUUGAUAGGCCUCAACCCAUUUCAAAUAUUACCUUAUUGAAGUUCAAAUUGUCCCAUAUCUGGCUAUUGGGAGCCACCCCAAGUUGGUGCUGAGUCGUUUUGACACUACACUAGCCAUCUUUAAUAGUUUCCUUGCUAUCUCAGAAGAUCCAGGCUCAACUUGUGUGUUAUUUGCCCCAGACCUGGAAUCAGCCAUCUCUCUAAAAAGCUUGGUUACUUUCAGUGAGAAAUGGCAUUUCAAAAUCAUAAUCAGGACUCUAUGCAUGCUCAUUGCUAGUAGCUUAGCCAUGCUUUGUAGGAGAGAGCUAGGAAAUACCUAUUUUUUUUCACAAGAUAAGACACUUUCUGAGUUUAUUGUAAAAUUUCCAAGUCAAGUUGAGUACUACAGGGAUUUUACUUAAUCCUUCCUGUUACUACUAUAUCUCCAUUUUCUACACCGAGAAUCUUGGUUUUCAAGAACACAGGGCAUGAUAGAGUUAGACUAUCCCACAAUUAUUCACUUCCUUUAUUUACCUUACACAUGCAGCAGCCUCAGAAUAACAAUGCUAAAACCACCAUCACCAAUAUGGUAACUGAAACAAUUAAAAUUUUUUCAUUUGCUCUACCCAUUCUCUAUUUUUAAAAGUCAUACUAUGUCAGCAUUUCCAGAACAUAUUGGUAUAACAUACUAUACUGUCUCCCUUCUAUCCCCCAUUUAGUCUUACUUCUUCAAAUAACUAUAUAUAUAGUGCUUGUCACUGGUGGUUACCUGAUGACUCUGUUUUUUCAUAUCUGGAUCUUUAAUGAUGAAUCCAGGGCAUAGAAUGAUGUUUCUGUAUUGAAAGGAAGAAAAGGAAGCUAUGAAGACUAGUGAUAACAACCGAGGAUAAAAUAUUUGGCUAUACUUAGCUUUUUAAUUGUAAUCAUUAUAAACUUUGUUUCUUACACAUAAAUGUAGACAUAAUCACGCUGCCCCAAAUGUUUUAUAAUUAUCCAUUCCUUCUUUAAAGUCUUGCUUACUAUUCUGCCGUCCUCUGUGAGGUAAUUAGAAAAACAUAAAACCGGAUGAAAUCUAGAGGGCCUUAUUUCCUCUCUUUUAGAUACCGGCUUCAAGCUUGCUUUUUACAGCUGCAAACAAGUAGGAAGAGGUUUUUAGUUUCACAAGCUCUUGUCCUGCAAUUUGGAUGGACCACCCAAUAAAGCAAAACCUGCUAGACAACAAGUACAAAAAGAGAGGCAUUUUUCAAAGAUAACCAGACUGAAAAUCUAGUCCCUAAAAAAAUAAUAAUAAUAAUAAUAAUAAUAGUAAUAAUUUAUUUCUGAGCAUUAGUACUGAUUAUCCAGAAAAAUAAAGCUUUAUUAAUUCAGAGCAACACAAAAGGCAUCUUUAAAUCUGUAAAACAAAAAAACUUCAAAACGUUGAAAACCAUAUUUUAAGGCAAGCUUUAAAUCCUUUACCACUAUUAACUUCAGCACAGCAAUUCUGCAUCCUGUCCCUGGAUUCCUCUUAGGAUAAUUUUGCCACCUACAGGACAAACGAGGUGCUGGCCACCUGAAUUAUUUUGCCUUCUGAAUUAAUUAUCUUGAGGUCUAACAUGGUGAAGUGCAAAUACUCAUUGUUUCACUGUGCCUUUAACCGUUUAUAAAAAGGAAUUGACAAUUCAUUGUUUCAAAAAAAAUGAAAACCGUAAAUCAAACUGUCAUACUGUACAUCUUAAACAUAAGUAUACAGUGAUGUAUGUCCGUUAUUUCUCAAUCAAACCAGGGGGUUGGGGGGGGGGGGAUGAGAACCAGUAUUUGAAGCUGUUGACUAUUAACAAAAUAUUUUACUUUCUCUAUAGUGCUUCAAGAUGCAAUUUUUUCAAGGCCUUAUAAAGGAAAAACUGGUUCACGUGUUACUCUUUAAAGAUCAAAUUCUUCUAACCCAACACAAACCUACGGAGAUUUUCCUUUGUGGGCUUUUUAACCCAAGUUUCUAAAUUGUAGCUUGAAAAAUUGGAUUGUGAAUCUAGGAUAAAGAGAGUUUCAGAUCAGAUCUCCUAAGAGAGAUCUGCUUUGUUUCUUUACCUGGUGUUAGGUGUCUUUCAUUUCGAAGUGAGUGUACUCCAGUUAUUCAAUGUUUAUAGUAUCAUUUGUACCUUUAAACAUUGAUUUUAGGGAUUUUAAAAAGUCACUGAGAAAUUCAUUCCUUUAUUACUCAACUACAACAACAAAUCUGUAUAGUGAUCAGAAUUUAAAAUGUACAAUUCUUUUCUUUCUGUAAAUAUGUAUUAUUGUUAGAAAUAAAGAAUGGCAGGACCAUUGCUUUCACUAAAAUA